CGCUCCGGCGGCAGGAAGAAGCCGUUUCGCUCCCUGCCUGCCGCCGCUAUGGGCCCGCUCGGCGCCCUGCUGUGCGUGCUGCUGGGCCUGGCCGCCGGCGGGGGCCCGCAGCCCGGCGCGGGGAGCUGGGCGCUGCUGGAGGACGCGUCGGUGGCGCUGCUGGGCGCGGCGCUGCCCGGGGACCUGGAGCCCGAGUGCCGGGAGCUCUUGGCGGGCUUCGCCAGCAGCUGCGCGGUGCUGAGCGGCUGUCUGGUGCGCAGCGCCCGGCCCGUGCGGCUCUGCCAGAGCUGCUACCACCCCUUCCGCGCGGUCACGGAGCAGCUGGACAACAUCACCCGCGCCGUGGGGAAUUCUUCCAAGAGCUACAACUGCGCGAAAAGCCUCUUGAUGUCUGAUAGGUUACAGAUAAUCGUGGUGCUUUCAGAAUUCUUUAACAAAACUUGGGAGGAGGCCAAUUGUGCAAAUUGUUUGAAGAACAGCAGUGAAGGGCUAUCAAAUACUACAAUAGAGUUCCUGGACUUAUUCAAUAAAACACUGAUGUGUUUUGAACAUAACCUCCAGGGGCAAGCAAUUGGUCUGGUAGCAAGUAACUACACAGAGGUAUGCAGAAACUGUAAUGUAACUUAUAAAAAGCUGAAUACUCUGUAUACUGAAAUGCAAAGAGCGUCAGAGCAUGGAGAAUCAGAACACAGCAAGCACUUGUGUAUUGAUGUGGAAGAUGCAAUGAACAUUACUCGAAGGCUUUGGAGUAAGACUUUUAACUGUUCUGUCCCCUGCAGUGAUACAGUCCCAGUGAUUGCAGUUUCUUCAUUUAUCCUUUUCUUGCCAGUUGUGUUUUAUCUUAGUAGCUUCCUUCACUCAAAGCAGAAGAAGCGUAUACUGUUUCUGCCCAAGCGUAUCCAGUCAAAUGCCAGUCUUGUGAACAUCCAGGAAAAAUACAGCUGAGCUGUAAAGACAAAACCUGAAAACUGCAACUGCGGGUAUAUUGGAUACAAUUGUGAUGGAUUAAGGAUGGCACAAAAGAGGAGUUUAAUUAUGGUUCAGUGUAAUGAUACAGAGCUACACAAGUUAAACAGAAUGCUGUCUGACUCCUAAACGGGUAUAUUAACAAACAUGAGAAGGCAGGCCUUUGAGACACUGUAUAAGCUUUGGUUUUGAAGAAUAAUUUUGAUCUCUUCAAAUGUGCUGAAGCUUUUCUGACUUCAUGCAGGUUUUUGUACCUUUCUUUUGUACUUCUCUCAUUUCUUUAUUUCCUUUACUUUUUCAUUCACUAUAUUCACUCCAUAAAAAUCUAGUUUGUCAGUUCUUUUAAUUUCCUUGUAUAUUAGUACAGUCUAUAUCUGUUCUUUUUGAUGCGGUUCUUAUGACUUGGCAAAGUUUAAUUUAUAAUUCAUUGAAGGUUUUGGUUUAAGUCAGUAUUGAAGUUAGAACGUUUCA